GGGCUUUCCUCGAUCGCGGGGACCUCAAGGGGCGAAGGGAUCGCCGGGGAGGGGGACCGGAGAGCCGCGCCCGCCGCGCGGCGCGCCCCUUCCCGCCCCCUGCCUGCACCAUGAGCUGGGGCAUCGAGCUCUGGGAUCAAUUUGACAACUUAGAAAAACACACACAGUGGGGAAUUGACAUUCUUGAGAAAUACAUCAAAUUUGUAAAGGAAAGGACAGAGAUCGAACUCAGCUAUGCAAAACAACUCAGGAAUCUUGCAAAGAAAUACCAACCUAAAAAGAACUCGAAGGAGGAAGAGGAAUACAGGUAUACGGCAUGUAAAGCCUUCCUUUCCACCCUGAACGAAAUGAACGAUUACGCCGGGCAGCACGAAGUUAUCUCCGAGAACAUGACCUCACACAUCACUGUGGAGCUAGCCCGCUACGUCCAGGAACUGAAGCAGGAGAGGAAAUCGUACUUUCACGAUGGGCGGAAGGCACAACAGCACAUAGAGAUCUGCUGGAAGCAACUCGAAUCAAGUAAAAGGCGAUUUGAACGUGACUGCAAAGAGGCGGACAGGGCACAGCAGUACUUUGAGAAGAUGGACGCCGACAUCAAUGUCACCAAAGCAGACGUUGAGAAGGCACGUCAGCAAGCUCAAGUACGUCACCAAAUGGCCGAGGACAGCAGAGCCGAUUACUCGUCAAUUCUCCAGAAAUUCAACCACGAGCAGCACGAAUAUUACCAUACUCACAUCCCCAACAUAUUUCAGAAAAUACAGGAGAUGGAGGAAAGGAGGAUACUGAGGAUUGGGGAGUCCAUGAAGACCUACGCGGAAGUUGAUCGGCAGGUGAUUCCGAUCAUUGGGAAAUGCUUGGAUGAAAUAGUAAAGGCGGCCGAAUCGAUUGAUCAGAAGAAUGAUUCGCAGCUGGUCAUAGAAGCUUACAAGUCCGGCUUUGAGCCUCCCGGGGACAUUGAAUUUGAGGAUUACACUCAGCCGAUGAAGCGCACUGUGUCAGAUAACAGCCUCUCGAAUUCCAGAGGAGAAGGCAAACCGGAGCUCAAAUUUGGUGGCAAAUCCAAAGGAAAGUUGUGGCCCUUCAUCAAAAAAAAUAAGCUUAUGUCCCUUUUAACAUCCCCCCAUCAGCCUCCCCCUCCUCCCCCUGCCUCUGCCUUACCCACUGCUGUUCCCAACGGCCCCCAGUCUCCCAAGCAGCAAAAGGAACCCCUCUCCCAUCGCUUCAACGAGUUCAUGACCUCCAAACCCAAAAUCCACUGCUUCAGGAGCCUAAAGCGUGGGGGCGCCGCGCCAGAGGAUUUCAGCAACCUCCCGCCUGAGCAGAGAAGGAAAAAGUUGCAGCAGAAAGUCGAUGAAUUAAAUAAAGAAAUUCAAAAGGAGAUGGACCAAAGAGAUGCCAUAACAAAAAUGAAAGAUGUUUACCUAAAGAAUCCUCAGAUGGGAGACCCAGCCAGCCUGGAUCACAAAUUAACAGAAGUCAGCCAAAAUAUAGACAAACUGCGGCUAGAAGCCCAGAAAUUUGAGGCCUGGCUGGCCGAGGUAGAAGGCAGGCUGCCAGCGCGCAGCGAUCAGGCCCGGCGCCAGAGCGGAAUGUACGAGGCCCAGAACCCAACCACGGUCAACAACUGCGCUCAGGACCGCGAGAGCAGCCCGGAUGGCAGUUACACAGAGGAGCAGAGUCAGGAGAGUGAGGUGAAGGUGCUAGCCACGGAUUUCGACGACGAGUUUGAUGAUGAGGAGCCCCUGCCUGCCAUCGGGACUUGCAAAGCCCUCUACACGUUCGAAGGGCAGAAUGAAGGAACCAUUUCAGUAGUAGAAGGAGAAACGCUGUACGUUAUAGAGGAAGACAAAGGUGACGGGUGGACCCGCAUCCGGAGGAACGAAGAAGAGGGUUAUGUCCCCACUUCGUACGUCGAAGUCUAUUUGGACAAAAAUGCCAAAGAUUCCUAGAGGCCUCGGGGAGCCUUCCCAGGAGAAACCCUCCGGUCUGCUUGUCUCCACAGGCCUGGGCGCCCGCGCUGGGCUGGACCGUGGCCCUGGACAUCUCAGCCUGAAGUGACAUUUCCCCCGCCCCCCUCCCCCCCCCCCCCCACCAUGUAGCUGCUUGCCUUUUUCUUUUUCUUUUCUUUCGACAGCAUGCCCCUCAUGGCCCGGCUCCUUCCGUGGCCCAGUCCGGCCACCUCUGCGGGGAGCAGGUCUGUCCCUGUCCCCACCACACACAAAGGGCCACGGAAGGCAGCUAGACACGUGUUCCCUCCUCCCCGGGCUCCCGCCUCGGCCCUCAGUCUACCUGGAGCAUCCUGGCCCGUCCAUGGUUCACACUGUGCCUUUCGUGAAAACUUUGCCACUGGUCGCCUCCCCCCCCCUGCCCGGGAGACUAACAAAAUCUGGACGAGGAAGGCCAGGUGCGCACCAGGUGAACUGAGCGCCCGAAUGUCACUGACGUGUUCCCGUGUCCCGAGUCUGUUGAGUAUUCAGUGGUCCUUUUCUGGUUAUGGGUCCUCACCUCGCCCCAAACACUGGCCCUUGCAACAUGUCAUGGCCCGAGCGCGCCCACGGUGGCCACGGGGGCACGCACACGCAUGCACGCGCGCACCACCCCCCCUCCGUGCACGCUCAGUACACACGUGUUUUUAUCUGGGGCCCGUGCUCAGUGGCCCGGAAAGGUCUGGACUGGACGUCCUAUUCCAGCCCGGGGGCCACGCACAAAAGCCUGCAUCCACCUGCCUUCUCCCUGUCGUCUCAUUAAUGAGCACUGUGGACCCUGGCGCUUUACGAACGAGGGUCUCGCCUCGGCGUUAGCUGGUCGCAGGGCGAGAAUUCCCGUCUUUCCAUGAAUUCCGAGAUGUGCGUCUUAGGAUUUUGGCGCUUUCCUCACCAAAGACCCUGUGCUGCCCGUGGCUCCGGCUUCUGUGUGUUCUCACGUGUUCUGCAGGCCACGGAGACUGGACUGCGUUUGCCUCUGGAGCUAGGUUGCCCGCCCCUUGCGGAUCCUUGGGGACAACGUGAGGCCAUGUAGCCUGUGGCCACUCAUGCCUUAGAGCAGCGCAGCGUUCCUUCUUUUCUGGUGCAGAAACAGUCGGGAGAAAUCACUGGCUGGGAGUGUCUGUGGACGAGACCCCAUCCGAAGCCCAAGAAGGAAAUCGGGCCUCUUUCUUGUCUCGUUUGGCUUUUGGUAACUAGGCGGUCACCUCGAACCUCCUCAAUUUUUCUCGACGUUUACGAAUCUAAGACCAGGGUGUCUUCUGGGAGCCGAAGGGACAGGGACAGGGACAGAAACGGGCAGGUGCUAAGGAGCUUGGGCCUGUGUCCAGCGGCCCCAAAGAUGGCUCCUCUCAGCAAACCGGGGUUGACCAGACGCCUCCCUCAGAGCGGCUCGGCGACUAGAAACUUCCAGCAAGCAAACGCCCGGGGUUGAGCAAGUGAACCGAAGUCGCUUUGGGUUUAAAGGCGAGCCAGCGAGAGAGCAUGAGCCGCCCCCCCUUCUGUCUCUCUGUCCUUCUGUCUGUCCCUAAAGGGGGCUACGCCCUUGGCUUGGCGAUCACCUGCCGGAGAGGCUGCGGCCACUGGCUGUCGCGAGGCUGCUACGUUGGCGGCAGGCCUCCGGUCCCCACGGUGGCGGUGCACCCGUGGCCGACUCCUCAGUCUCGCGAGAGGGCCGGCGUGGCACGUGACCCGGAAGCCAGGCGGCCAAAGGGCGAAGGGGGGGCCGGGGCUCCCCUGCGUCCCUGCAAACCUACAGGUGCAUGGUUAGUCCGGGCGGCCCCGGGGGCUCCACGGGCGGCUUCUGCAGCCGCCGGGUCACCAGGUGUCCCCAGGAACUUCUGAAUCUCACCAGGCCAAGCUGACCACUCUCCACCCCACAGAAGAUGCUAAUGAUUUUUAAAAUCGAGUUGAGAGCCUCGGUAACGCAUGCGCAUUGCAUCUUUCCCAUCCCGGGUCAGAACAGAUUCAUUUCUCGCAACAUAGGGGAUACGGUAGAAGCUGCAGUGAUGUGUCCUUUUCAUGUCUGUUAAACCCGAUAUAGAAUAUACUCGUAUCUUGUACCCCCUGCGCCUUCCUCUCCCCCCCCCCCCCCCCUUCUUUCCUUCUGUACCACCUGCGUCCAAAAAAGAAUGCAUCGUAAGCACUUCUCAGUGUUCGGCGUGGGGUUUGCGCUGUGAGGCCGAGCUCAUCAAAGGAAAUAAGUUAUUAUGUGAUAGUUGAGACGUAUCGUUCACUCUGGGAGUCCUACUGGGAGCUCAUCUAUCUAUUCGUACGGACCAGUUCACGUAGGGUAGAGACGCGGAAUUUCCGACCUGCUUCCCGGCCUCCCCGCCCCGCACCCCCGAUGCCUGUGGUUUCCCUGCCGAUGCUAGAAUACUGUUGUCGUAAGAAUGACUAAGUUUUAAGGAGCCUGCCCUGACAAUGACCUAAAAACGAAACGAAAGACAGGAACUUGUCAUUUACCCCGUUUUUCCUUUGCAGGAUAAAAAGGUAUGGAAAGCCGUAAUGGGAUUUUCCUUUGGAUUUUGAUGGCGCUCGCCUCGAAGCUUCCAGGCUGUGAGGCUCAGGCCAGAUGAGCUGUAGCACAGGGGCCCCCUAAUGCUUUCUGGUGACUUCCGUAAUUACAGGAGAAAGUUUACUGAACGUGGAAAAAAAAAAAAAGUUACAUCGAUGCUAAGUAUUUUUCCAGAAAUCUUGGUUUCAUACUUCCUCAUGCCUCUGCCUCGGUGGGUUUCUUCAUUAAAAAAAAAACAAAAACAAAAACAAAACUUCUUUAGAGAGUGAUCCAAAAUUCUAUUUUAACCUGACGUUGAGCACCUUUAAACUUUUUAGUUUAUCUGUGCGCGUGGCACUAAUUCUAAGCUUUGGAGGCAUCUCAAGUGUUGUAACGGCCCAUUGCCAUUGUGAAGGUUCUGGAACUGCCCAUUUGUCUCUGGAGAUGGAAUUAAACCAAAUAAAGUGCUUCCAUUGGAAGGCUUAUAUUGACCUUGUAACUAUACGUUAACCCUCUUAAAUGUUAAAUAAAAGUAUAACCUCUG